AUUACGGCAAACAUUUUAGUUACUUUACGUUAGUAAUGGCGUCCCCGUGCGACAGACUCAUAGUACAACAUGACUGGAAUGAAACUUUGCGACAGAAUGAUGGUACAGCCUGGAUAAGCUUUAAAUCAACAGCACCACCAAGUGUUCAUAGUGAACUAAAGAACCUUGGAAUGUCUACUAAUGGAAUGCCAUAUGUUACUGGCAGUGACGGUUUUACAGUGGAGAAUAUUUCAAGAAGGACCAUGACAGUCAUUUACCAAAAAGAUCCUCAUGUGAUAUCUAGAAAAUUUGUGUCCCCUGUCAUCACAUUUUCUACCAUUCACCAGUCCAAAAAGGGGGUUGAGUGUCUGGAUGUGACACCUGGAGGGCUGGGUGUAUCAUGUGACAGUUCUUGCAAUUUAUCGAUAUGGCAGACUGAUUCAGGUGAAAAACGGAGAGAGUUAAAAGGACAUGUAGGGAAUGUGUACAGCUGCAAGUUCUUCCCUUCCGGAAUAGUGGUUUUAUCAGCAGGAGCAGACAUGCAGAUGAAGAUAUGGUCUGCAGAAACAGGAAAAGAAGCAGCCUGCUUAAUAGGACACACAGCAGCUAUCUUAGACACAGCAAUUGUAGAGCGUGGUCGAAACAUUGUGAGCUGUGGUCGUGAUGGAACAGCCCGCCUUUGGGAUGUUGGAAAGCAGGAAUGCUUGUAUGCAUGGUCUGACCUUGGCGGUGAGAUUAAUUGCUGUUCUCUGGCUACCAUCAACACCUCUGUGGAUCUUGGUGCACCUUCUGUUUCUCCAAGUGAUAGAGAAAUUCUAACAGAGGGAAAGAUGCUCUUAUUAGGUUCAGAAAUGGGCUCUCUUUUGGGAGUUGGGCUUCAUAGCAGGCAACGGGUAUUUGAAAUGAAAUGUAGUGCAGCCAUCAACUGUUGCGCGUUUUUGUCAGAUGUGCAUGCCGUGUGUGGAACACAUGAUAGCAGGAUUGUCAUCAUUGAUCUGAGAAACACCAGUGAACCACUUCGGCAGUGGAAAGAGUCACGUGGAGCAAUCCUUUCAUUACUACCUUAUAAGCAAGGUCUUUUUAUUUCCACAGGUGACGGGUCUCUGUAUUAUGUAAACGAAGAAUUUGAAGCCAUGGUGGAGUUCACUGGCUCAGACUGCGAUCCAGUAAACAGAAUUGCUUGUGACCAGACCCACAUCUAUGGUGGCUGCCGCGAUGGCUGGAUCCGCAAAUAUAGUCUUGAUGACAUGUGAACUUUGGUGCCUUUAUUAAGAAAAGUCUCUGGUUUCUUCCCUGUUCCUGCUCAUAGCUUUUGUCUUAUCUAAUUGUGUUCGCUGGACACUGACAUGCGUUGAUUGCUGUUUGCUCAGUGGAGGGAAUGCUGAUUUUGGUUCAUUAUUAUCUUUUUUAUAGGUACUUUAAGGUACAUGGAUUGUACAGACUGAUAUUGUCUACAUUAAAUAUAAGCAGUGGGAUAAGGGAAAGUAGGGUUGGGUUGGUGGGUGGGACCGAGUAAGUGGUAGUGUACACUUUCUGGAACAGGUAAUUGGCAUCAUUAUGUGUGUGCAUGUCAGCAAGCUAAGUUUGUCAGCAAUAUAUCCUAAACAGUUUCUGACAGUGUUAUAUUAUACUUCUCUUUUGAAUUCAGUUGCAUGUCAAUGAUUAUGCAUUUACAAUUUGGUGAAAAGGUUGUCUGUGGGCAAACACUUUUAUUUUUUGGCUGUUUACGGUAUGUCUUUGUGAUGAACUAGCAAUCAUUUGUAAUGGUCACUGACCACUCUGCAUGUACAUUUAUAUGUACAUGAGAGAGUGACAGAGGACAUUGAUAUUGAUCAAAACUGUAUCAGCUCUUAUGAACAAUUGAUGACGGUAAUGCAUAUUCUUUUGAUAGAGUAAUGAUUAAAUCAAAUUACAAGUUUUGCA